CUUCCUGCUUUUUCACUAGAGCUUUUUUGAGCUAAAGCAUCUGCAUGGACUUUUUGGAGAGACUCGAUGAUGACGACUUCACACAAGAAUAAUUUGGAAAUUCCUUGGAAUUUCCCUUCCCUCUAAAUGAGGGAUAAAUAGAGGCUGGGAGAGAAAACAGAGUCAGAUCUUGCUGAACAUCUGCCUGUUCUGAAAAGUCACAAAACAUGCAGAUCUCUGUGGCUGCUCUUUCUCUUCUUCUGCUAACUGCCUGCUGUUCCCAGGUUCACUGUGGUCGGGGCUUUCUUCCAACAUCCUGCUGCUUUAAGUUUAUCAAGAAAUGGCUGUCACCAAAACAUGUGAAAAGCUAUUACAACACCAGCAGCUUCUGUCCCCAUUCUGCUGUUGUGUUUACGACAAAGAAAGGAAUUAAAAUGUGUGCCAAAUCAAGUGACAAAUGGGUGACUGAUCUCAUCAUCCAGUUGCCUGCAAAUUAAUUCUAAUUUCUUUAAUGUUUCUUUAAACUGCAAUUUGGUUUAAAGCCUGAAAUAGGAAUGCCUAAUUUUUGAAUGGGGGGGGGAUAUGUUUUAUACCAUCCAUCUCUACCAUCUGAGUGUAGGUCAGAGAUUUAUCAAAAGUCUUUUCUCAUGUGUUCUUCCUCUAGGCAAUUUAUAGGUUGGCUUUACAUUUGUUCUCCAUUUUUUUGUAGUAAUUAAAAAAACACAUUUCAAUAUGUUUUUCUAGACAGGUAUUUUUAUUUGUAUAUUUUGUGUAUUUAUUUUAUUCCUGGUAGCAGCCCUAGUUAAUCAGAAGAGUCAUAUCUUAUUGUCUUGAUGGAAGUGAGUUAUCAGUUUUCCUAAAUGCAAAAUCUUCAGGUUUAGUCUGCAUUAAAGUCCUACUAAAGCUGGCCAUACACGCACCGAUACUAUAUUCGGUGCGUGUAUGGCAUGUCGGCGAGUCGCAGGAAGCUGCUGAUAUCGGUCGACUCGCCGAUCGGACCGGUUAAAAGAUUUUGAUUGGGCACCAUAGAAGGCGCCUGACCAAAAUCUGCCUUCAGUGCUGAAUCGGCAGAAGGAGGUAGAAAUCCUAUUGUUUCUACCUCCUUAUCUGCUGUUUCAGCCCUGACGGUGUGUGGCGGAUCUGACGAUGUUUCGUGCGACUGUCAGAUCGCCACGUGUGUGGCCACCUUAAAAGCUAGGGCAGUCUGCUGAACUGUUUGAUUGUCUGUCUCCAGUAACAAUUUGGAAGGAUAUUAUGUGAUACAUAUUUUUAUAUCUCUACCUGUAUAUUAUACUUUAUUUGACUUUUUAUUUUUAAAUGUAUUUAUUUUGGACAUAUAUUAAUUUAUUACUGUAUAGUUAUUUCUAAUAGACUUACAAAAUAAAAAUGUUAUCUUAAAAUCA